AUGGGAUCCCCGAUCUCCGGCUACCUGGCUGAGGCGGUACUACAGGAACUGGAAACUCGUGUAUUUUGGUCCUACAAGCCAAAAUUCUGGAUGCGCUAUGUGGACGAUACCUUUGUCGUCCUACACCGAGAUGCGAAGGAGGCCUUCAGAGGAGAAUUAAAAGCCAUCUUCCCACAAAUCCAAUUCACAAUGGAGGAAGAAAAGGACGGAACGCUCUCUUUCCUCGACGUGCGGGUAACGAGGCAGGAAGAUGGAACCCUCCAGACCGGUGUUUUCCGAAAAGCUACAAACACAGAGAAAAUACUCCACUACAACAGCAACCAUCCGCUGUCGCAUAAACGCAGUUGCGUCCGGACACUUUUCCGCCGCAUCAACACGCACUGCAGCACAGAGGCCGAGAAGCUACAAGAGCGUGCGUCCCUGUGGCACCUCUUCCUUGUCAAUGGAUACCCACGUAGCUUCGUAAACAAAUGUCUGUUCCAAAGACACACAAAGACUGACGGUGAGGCGAACCAAAAACCUGAGGUACUCCGUGUCUUGCCCUACAUGAGGAACGUCUCUGAGGCCACUGAGCGUAUGCUUAGACCACUUAACGUGGGCGUUGGACACCGACCGGAAGCCACCAUCCGCCGAUUAGUCAUGCAGCCAAAGGGUAGGCUGCCCCCUGAGGACAUGUCCGGUGUCAUUUACCGCGUCAACUGCCUAGACUGUCAGGCCAACUAUUGCGGCAUGACAAACAAACGACUUAAAACGCGCAUACAUGAGCACACCUUAGCCGUCAAGCGGAAAGAUGCGCGCUCACACGUCGCCAUGCACAGUCUGGAAAAUGACCACCGGUUUGACUUUGACGGCGCCCAAGUGCUCGGCCGAGCGGAAAACAGACUGGCGCGAGAAAUAAUCGAGGCCUGGAAAACAGACACUAACUCCAUCAACCGCUGCGUCGAACUACCGGCACCAUACGAGGCCGCCAAACACCACCUACGCACCAGGGGAGGCCCAAUGAGGAUAGAAGUUGACGGCCCUAUCAGGCGAGAGCGAGAGGGACCUAUUUAA